AUGACAUGCCCUUCGUUAUCGCCGCCACCACCCACAUUUUCUCGUCUCGGGUCCCGGUCUAAGGUCAUCGCUAAGCAGUAUGAUACAGCUUUAGCUUUGGCCUCGACUGCCGAUUCAUCUGUUGAUGACCUUUGCAAGAUCAUUUGGGGCAGGCGAAGCUGGAUUGGAAACUAUGGCUGGUUCCUAGCAGAGUUGAGGAAAGACAAUACGUCCAGUGGGGAUAUCUGGUGUUGCCGGUUCUGCGAUGAUAAGGGUGCACCGCGAUUUUUUAAUGCUCAGUCGACAUCAUCGGCAUCAGCUCAUCUUUUCAAGUUCGUGGUACUUCUCAUUUCCGGGCUAUCACCAACGGUUCUUAGAGCUCACGGGAUCACCGAGACCUUUGAAGCGGGUUCAUCUGGUGACUCUUCAGUUAUCAAUCUCCAGAGAAAUGCAUCCAAGAAACGGCCCGCCUCUUCUUCCUUCCUUCUUCCUCGAGCAAAGAUGGCACGGAUUAGAGAGCUCUCUGUUGGUUAUAUCGUUGAUUCUAAUCUCCCCUUUACUACCUUUGAGCAGUGA